AUGGAGAAGCCAUCCCUGCAGUAUCGCUUCCUCAGCCUGGUGCAGAAUUACCGAGCUCGGUUCGGAGGCUGCGUGACGAGCGCAGCAACUUUCCACCGCGAGCAGAAUGAGCCUUUUCUACUGGUCUUCUCCUGCCUCGUGCUGUCUGUUUUUUCAACCAUCGAUGAGUACCAGAAUAGCUCUGAAGGGGCUCUCUACAUCUUGGAAAUAGUCACCAUCGUGGUGUUCGGCGUGGAAUACUUCGUCAGAAUCUGGGCUGCCGGGUGCUGCUGUCGAUACCGGGGCUGGAGGGGAAGGUUAAAAUUUGCUCGCAAGCCCUUCUGUGUCAUCGACAUCAUGGUGCUGAUCGCCUCCAUCGCCGUGCUGGCCGCGGGAUCCCAAGGGAACGUCUUUGCCACGUCGGCACUUAGGAGUUUGCGGUUCCUGCAGAUCCUGCGCAUGAUACGGAUGGACCGCCGAGGAGGCACUUGGAAACUCCUAGGCUCCGUCGUCUAUGCCCACAGUAAGGAGUUGAUUACUGCCUGGUAUAUUGGUUUCCUCUGCCUCAUUCUGGCCUCCUUCCUGGUGUACUUGGCUGAGAAAGGAGAGAACGACCACUUUGAUACCUACGCAGAUGCACUCUGGUGGGGCCUGAUCACACUGACGACCAUCGGCUACGGGGACAAGUACCCACAGACCUGGAACGGGCGCCUCCUCGCUGCCACUUUCACCCUUAUCGGGGUUUCCUUCUUUGCCCUCCCUGCUGGCAUUUUAGGUUCUGGGUUUGCUCUGAAGGUUCAGGAACAACAUCGGCAAAAGCACUUUGAGAAGAGGCGAAACCCUGCAGCUGGCCUGAUUCAGGCUGCUUGGAGGUUUUACGCCACCAACCUCUCUCGAACGGACCUGCGCUCCACCUGGCAGUACUAUGAACGCACGGUCACCGUUCCCAUGUACAGCACGCAAACGCAAACGUACGGGGCCUCCAGACUCAUCCCGCCUCUGAACCAGCUGGAACUGCUGAGGAACCUGAAGAGCAAAUCGGGAUUGACUUUCAGGAAAGAGCAGCAGCCUGAGCCAUCGCCAAGUAAAAGCAAACCGUGCAGAGAGUCAUUCUGUGGAUGCUGCUCAGGAAACUCUAGUCAGAAGGUCAGUUUGAAAGACCGGGUGUUCUCCAGCCCCCGCGGUGCUGGCGCCAAAGGGAAGGGCUCUCCGCAGGCCCAGGGAGUCCGGCGAUCCCCCAGCGCGGACCAGAGCAUCGAAGACAGUCCAAGCAAAGUGCCCAAAAGCUGGAGCUUUGGGGACCGGAGCAGAGCUCGGCAGGCUUUCCGGAUCAAGGGCGCCGCGUCGCGACAGAACUCCGAAGAAGCAAGCCUUCCGGGUGAAGACAUCCCCGAUGACAACAAAAGCUGCAACUGCGAGUUUGUGACGGAAGAUUUAACACCAGGACUGAAAGUCAGCAUCAGAGCCGUGUGCGUGAUGCGAUUCCUCGUUUCCAAGCGGAAGUUUAAGGAGAGCCUGCGGCCUUACGACGUGAUGGACGUCAUCGAGCAGUAUUCUGCCGGACACCUGGAUAUGCUUUCCCGGAUUAAAAACCUCCAGUCCAGAGUUGACCAGAUUGUUGGACGAGGGCCAUCAAUGACAGACAAGGAUCGAACCAAAGGGCCAGCAGAAGGGGAGCUUCCCGAAGACCCUAGCAUGAUGGGCAGACUUGGAAAAGUUGAAAAGCAGGUUCAGUCAAUGGAGAAGAAGUUGGACUUCCUGGUGAAUAUUUAUAUGCAGCGGAUGGGUAUCCCGCCGACGGAAACAGAAGCCUAUUUUGGGUCCAAAGAACCAGACCCAGCGCCCCCCUACCACAGUCCAGAAGAGAGCAGGGAGCACAUCGACAAAAAUGGCUGCAUCAUCAAGAUCAUCCGGUCCACCAGCUCCAUGGGACAGAAGAACUUCUCCGCCCCACCAGCUCCGACAAUGCCAACCAACACGUGUCCACCCUCGACAUCGUGGCAGCACCCGCCUUAUCAGCGACAGAGCCACGGGUCCUCCCCCGUUGGAGAUCCGGGCUCUUUGGUACGAAUCCCACCCCCGCCUUCACACGAGCGCUCCUUGUCAGCAUACGGCGGUGGCCACAGGGCCAGCGCGGAGUACCUGAGGAACGAAGACAUUACCACGAAACAUCACGAGAGCGCCAUGAGAGACAGCGACACCUCUAUUUCCAUCCCGUCGGUUGAUCACGAGGAACUGGAGCGCUCCUUCAGUGGCUUUAGCAUUUCCCAGUCGAAAGAAAACUUGGACAUCCUGAACAACGGUUGCUAUGCAUCAGUGGCCCCCUGUGCCAAAAUCAGACCCUACAUCGCCGAAGGGGAGUCGGACACCGAUUCUGACCUCUGUACGCCUUGCGGGCCUCCCCCCAGGUCAGCCACGGGUGAGGGACCUUUCAGUGACAUGGGCUGGUCGACUCCUAGACAGUGAAGCAUCGUGAUGCUCUACUGGGCCCAGUCGGAGCACUGGCCAGCCGCCUGUCCACACCGUCCGCACAUUGAACUUCUCAAGGAGAUUUUCAGCUAAGGUUUUACCACUCCAGAACUUAGCUGGUGGAUAUUUUCUUACAGCUUACUCUGGGGGCACAUGCUGAGCCUGCAUUUGGUCGAGAAAGGC